AUGGCGAUGAACAAGAUCCGCGGCGCCUUUGCGGUGCCCCGGAAAGGAGAGACCUUUGAAUUGCGAGCUGGGCUCAUCCCAAUAUGCCUACGAACGAAGACGAUCAUGGCCAUGACCCUGGGCAAAGAUGUCUCGGCUCUGUUCCCCGAUGUGUUGAAGAAUAUUGCUACCGGUGAUCUGGAACAGAAGAAACUGGUUUACCUGUACCUUAUGAAUUACGCCAAAUCGCAUCCGGACCUUUGCAUUCUCGCCGUCAACACCUUCGUACAAGACUCGGAAGACCCCAACCCUCUGAUUCGAGCCCUGGCCAUUCGCACGAUGGGUUGUAUUCGGGUGGAAAAGAUGGUGGACUAUAUGGAGGAACCGCUGCGCAAGACCCUUCGCGAUGAAUCACCAUACGUCCGCAAGACCGCCGCAAUCUGCGUUGCCAAAUUGUUCGAUCUCAACCCCGAGAUGUGCCUCGAGAACGGCUUUUUGGAGAUGCUCCAGGAGAUGAUCGGCGACCCGAACCCCAUGGUGGUGGCCAACUCUGUUACUGCGCUCUCAGAGAUUGUUCAUACCGCACCCGAGACCAAGGCUUUGCAAGUGACCCCCACCACACUGCGGAAGAUGCUUAUGGCAUUGAACGAAUGUACGGAAUGGGGACGCGUGACCAUUCUCUGCACACUGGCCGAAUACCGAACCGCCGAUGUCAAGGAAUCGGAGCACAUUUGCGAACGAGUUGCGCCUCAGUUCCAACACGCCAACCCCAGUGUGGUUCUUGCGGCAGUCAAGUGCGUGUUUUUGCAUAUGAAGUAUGUCGGCCCGGAGCUGGCAAAGACCUACCUUAAGAAGAUGGCUCCACCCCUGGUGACGCUGGUAUCCUCCGCCCCCGAAGUGCAGUAUGUCGCUUUGCGAAAUAUCGACCUCUUACUGCAGAAGCAGCCCGAUAUCCUGAACAAGGAGUUGCGGGUUUUCUUCUGCAAGUAUAACGACCCUCCCUAUGUUAAAUUCCAGAAGCUCGAGAUCAUGGUGCGGAUAGCAAAUGACCGCAAUGUCGACCAGCUUUUGGCCGAAUUGAAGGAAUAUGCUCUGGAGGUUGAUAUGGACUUUGUGCGCCGUGCCGUAAGAGCGAUUGGCCAGGUGGCUAUCAAGAUUGAAAGCGCCAGCGAGAAAUGCGUCAACACCCUCUUGGAUUUGAUCAACACCAAGGUGAAUUAUGUUGUCCAGGAGGCUAUCGUCGUUAUCAAAGAUAUCUUCCGGAAGUACCCUGGUUAUGAAGGAAUCAUCCCUACUCUAUGCCAGUGUAUCGAUGAGCUGGAUGAGCCGAACGCCAGAGCUGCAUUGAUUUGGAUUGUCGGCGAAUACGCUGAAAAGAUUAGCAACGCGGGUGACAUUCUCGGUGGGUUCGUGGAUGGAUUUAAUGAGGAAUUUUCUCAGACCCAAUUGCAAAUCCUUACUGCGGUCGUCAAACUCUUCCUGAAGAGACCCGAUAAGGCCCAGGGUCUGGUCCAACGAGUUCUUCAAGCGGCUACUGCUGAGAAUGAUAACCCGGACGUUCGCGACCGAGCCUACAUUUACUGGCGUCUGCUGUCGAACACUAGCGAUCAGAACGCCACCAAAAGCAUUGUCCUAUCCGAUAAGCCCCCCCAUCCUCUAUUGGAGCGACUUCUCCAAGAGCUGUCCACUCUAUCCUCCGUAUACCACAAGCCUCCAGAGCAAUUCGUCGGACAAGGCCGAUUCGGCGCUGACGCUGUUCAGCGAGCUGCCAUCGCGGAGCAAAUCGAGAACGCCCGUGAAAACCCCUUGGCCGCCGCAGCUGCCGCGGCGGCUACGCAAAACAACGUCGAGAACCUGCUGGACAUCGAUUUCGACGGUGGUGCCCCUGCGUCCGCGCAAAAGGAACCCACUGGAAAUAUGUCCGGCCUUGAGGGAUUGGCCGGUACCCCAGUCCGCGUGCAGUCUCCCGCAGUUGGCGCCCCUGCACCUCAAGGGAACAACAACCUGGAUGAUCUUCUUGGCGUAUUUGGCGACUCUGGUGCCGCGCAGCCAUCAUCAAGCACUGCCAAUGGCGGUGGCGGUUCUGCUGAUCUCAUGAACGGUUUCUCUGGUCUUGAUUUGUCUGGCAAUUCCUCGCCAGCACCACCAGCUGGUGACCAGUCCAAGAAAUCCACCCAAGACAUCAUGGACCUGUUCUAG